CGCAUCAAAAGUAUUCUACGCUGGCUUCACAACACCACAUCCACCUCGUCUCCCUCUUUCUCCUUCUCAUCAACCGGCUGCUAUUUUAAGCCAUAGCUAAGCGCUGUCUAAUUACCUGGUCAAUUGACACAGACGCCGCUCCAGCGAGCAUCAUCUCCUUUCGGCGCCGCUCCCUAGAACCCUGUCAGCACGCCGCACUCACAGCUGUGACGGCACCAUCACGCCCUUCAAGAAGACUCUCCAUCCCGAACCAUCCUCAUCUCCUCCAGGACACAUCUCCAUUUCCCCAUACAAACCCGUAAUCGCAUCUUCAUGCACCGCAGCCGUAACCACAUCACCAGUCCUCACCACCACCCGCAAACCCUACAAUGAACGGCGGCCUCAUUUUCCUCAUCCUCCUCCUUCUCGUCAUAAUCCUCAGCUAUGUUGGCUGGCUAGUCUUCUCACGGCGUCGUGCCUCCAAACUCGGCCUUCCCCCACCGUCUGCAAACCCCAUCGCUGCCUUCCGCGCGCGUGGCUCGGGCGGCAUCGGCAACAUCCCCACACCGCGCACGGGCGGCCUGGUCGGCUGGUUCAACGACAAAUUCCGUGCCAUGAAGAACAAACGGUACGCUAGCGGUGCGUACGAGAGCUCCGGCACCCAGGCUCGCGGAAGUGCGCGUGCCCCGCUAGACCCGGACGAGGCGUGGGAUAGCAGAGUAGGCAACGAGGCAUACUACGAAGAGCAGGAGCUAGGGCUGCACCAGCCAACAGCAUAUGGCGGGGGCGGAUAUAAUGCCAGUGUACCGGCGCCGUACGAGGAGGACUUCAAUGGGCGUGGCAGGAGUCGAACGAGGGAGUUGGACGAGAGAUACGACGAGGAGAUGGGGCGAGGGGCCCAAAGUAAUCCUUUUGGAGACCACGCGGCGACGGCUCCAGCAGGGGGAGCGAAUCCAUUCGGGGAGGGUGCGGAGAGGAGUGAUAUUGGGAUGAGAGGGGUGAGUCCGAGGCCAAUCGAGACGGGCGGGCAUCAGCCAACGCAGAGCAAGAGUAGUCCGACAGAAAGGAGAAGUCUGUUCCGGGAGGAUGUGUAGGCGUGAUAGCAUUGUAUAUUGCAAGCAUGGCUGUUCGCAAGGGAUAUCUAUUUUGGUAUUCUUGUGCACAAGGCAAGGUCGCUGUCUUCAUGGGAGCCGGAGUCGAAUCAUCUUACACGCACUGUAAUUGCCUAUGGUCAACUGUUGAUAUCUAUACGACUGCUUAUUCUCUAUUGCAAAAUUAUCU